UUGCAGGUCCGGUGGCCUCCAGCUGAGACCCUCCCCAGGCUUCGUGGGCGCGUCCCCAGCGGGCAGCGAGGAGUAGGGUCGCCGCCGCGACCCCUGGCAAUCCGGUGGGCGGCCAGGAGGAAGAGGGCAGCGAAGCCAUGCGCGCCGGGGCCACGUCGGCGCCCAACGCGUCCUGGUGGGCACCGGCCAACGCCACGGUCUGCUCGGGCUGUGGCGCCAACGCCUCGGACGGCCGGGCCCCCGCGCCGCGGCCCGUGGACGCCUGGCUGGUGCCGCUCCUCUUCGCCGCGCUGAUGCUGCUCGGCCUGGCGGGGAACUCUCUGGUCCUUUUCGUCAUCUGCCGCCACAAGCAGAUGCGGACGGUGACCAACUUUUACAUAGCCAACCUGGCGGCCACGGACGUGACCUUCCUGUUGUGCUGCGUGCCCUUCACGGCCCUGCUCUACCCGCUACCCGCUUGGGUGCUGGGCGACUUCAUGUGCAAGUUCGUCAACUACAUGCAGCAGGUCUCGGUGCAGGCCACGUGCGCCACCCUGACGGCCAUGAGCGUGGACCGCUGGUACGUGACCGUGUUCCCGCUGCGCGCCCUGCACCGCCGCACACCGCGCCUGGCCCUGGCGGUCAGCCUCGGCAUCUGGGCGGGCUCGGCGACCGUGUCUGCGCCGGUGCUGGCGCUGCACCGCCUGUCGCCCGGGCCGCGCCCCUACUGCAGCGAGGCCUUCCCGAGCCGGGCCCUGGAGCGCGCCUUCGCCCUCUACAACCUGGCGGCGCUCUACCUGCUGCCGCUGCUCGCCACCUGCGCCUGCUACGCGGCCAUGCUGCGCCACCUGGGCCGCGCCGCCGCCGCCGGCGCCCUGCAGGGGCAGCUGCUGGCAGGGCGGGCCGGCGCCGUGCGGGCCAAGGUCUCACGGCUGGUGGCCGCCGUGGUCCUGCUCUUCGCCGCCUGCUGGGGUCCCAUCCAGCUGUUCCUGGUGCUGCAGGCGCUGGGCCCCGCGGGCGCCUGGCACCCACGCAGCUACACGGCCUAUGCGCUCAAGAUCUGGGCGCACUGCAUGUCCUACAGCAACUCGGCGCUGAACCCGCUGCUCUACGCGUUCCUGGGCUCCCACUUCCGGCAGGCCUUUCGCCGGGUGUGCCGCCGCGGCCCUCCGCCGCCCCGCAAGCCCCGGGGUUCCGCCGCCCCCUCCGCGGAGCUGCGCCGCCCGGCCGCCCACCCCGCGGCCGCCGGGACCCCGAAGCCAGGGAGCGGUGCGGGUGUCCCGAGAGGGCACGGAGUCUGUGUGUCCUGAGGGCGCGUGCUGCCCCUCUCUGGGCAGCUUCUGCGGGGACAGAGCUAGGCCCCUCCGGGACGGGGGCUGUUUGAGCAGCAGCUGGUAUGUGGUUAUUAAUAUCUUUGUUUCUGUGCAAGACAAUCAUAGUGAGAAUGUUCUGUCCCCCGUGUCCCCUUUGCUGGGCUGUUUGCUCCCACGGAUGCCGUAAAUACCGAUUUCUGUGUUUCCUGAAACUGAAGACUCUUUGAUACGGGCACUCUCGGGAACUUCUCCCCAAAGCACCGACAGACACUCUUCACACACUGCCUUGCGAUUGUAGCGUUGUCAGCUUCAUCCCAUUUUCAGAACUAUUAAAAUGUGAACAGCGCAUGAUUUUUAAAUUGCUGAAAUAAAGUAGUAUUACUGCCA